AUGACGGUGGGCUUGCAGGAGGCCGAGGAGCAGCGGCUGUACCAGCAGACCCUCCUGCAGGACGGCCUCAAGGACCUGCUGGACGGCGGCCAGCUGGUGGACUGCGUGGUGAAGGUGGCCGAGCGCGAGUUCCCCUGUCACCGCCUCGUGCUGGCCGCCUGCAGUCCCUACUUUCGAGCCCGGCUGCUGGGGGAAGCGGAGCCGGGGGCCGAGCCGGGCCAGCUCCGGCUGGACGACGUCCCCCCAGACGUGGUGGGCCAGAUGCUGCGCUACCUCUACACCUCGCAGAUCGCCCUGGACGAGGCCAGCGUGCAGGAGCUGCUGGCCGCCGCGCACCGCUUCCAGAUCGCCUCCAUCUUCACCCUGUGCAUCUCCUUCCUGCAUCGCCGGCUCUGCCUGGCCAACUGCCUGGCCGUCUACCGCCUGGGCCUCCUGCUCGACUGUCCCCGGCUGGCCGUGGCCGCCCGGGAUUUCAUCUGCGCCCGCUUCCCGCUGGUGGCCCGCGAUGGGGACUUCGUGGGCCUGUCCCCCGACGAGCUGAUCGCCAUCGUGUGCAGCGACGGGCUGGACGUGGCCCGCGAGGAGGUGGUGUUCGAGGCCGUGAUGCGCUGGGCGGAGGCCGGGGGGGACGCCCGGCUCCGGGCUGAGCGCCAAGGCGCCCUGCCCACCGUGUUCGAGAGCCUGCGCUGCCGCCUGCUGCCCCGCGAGUUCCUGGAGACGCGCGUGGCCGGGCACCCACUGGUGAAGACGCAGCCCGAGCUGCUGCGCAAGAUCCAGAUGGUGAGGGACGCCCACGAGGGGCGGCUGACCACGCUGCGCAGGAAGAGGAAGGGGAGGAAGAAGGAGGCGCCGGUGGAGGCCGAGGGCGGAGAUCCGAAGGCGGAGGCCGCGGGAAACGCAGAGGAGGCCGAGGAGGAGGACGAUGGCCGCGUGCUGCCCGGCAUCCUCAACGACACCCCGCGCUUUGGCAUGUUCCUGAAGGACCUGAUCCUCAUGGUCAGCGAGGCCGGGGCCGUGGCCUACGACCCGGCCUCCAACCAGUGCCACCUCGCCGCCCUGUCCACGCAGGUGCCCAAGAACCACACCAGCCUGGUGACCGCGGAGAACCAGGUGUUCGUGGCCGGGGGGCUCUUCCACAACGAGGACGACCCCGACGAGCCCCUGAGCGCCUACUUCCUGCAGUACGACCACCUGGACGCGGGCUGGCUGGGGAUGCCGCCGCUGCCGUCGCCGCGCUGCCUCUUCGGCCUGGGGGAGGCGCACAGCUCCAUCUUCGCGGUGGGCGGCCGCGCGCUGCGCGACGGCGAGAGCUGCCUGGACUCGGUGAUGUGCUACGACCGCCGGUCGUUCAAAUGGGGCGAGUCGGACCCGCUGCCCUACGCGGUGUACGGCCACGCCGUGCUCUCGCACCUGGACCUCGUCUACGUCAUCGGCGGCAAGGGCGGCGACAGGAAGUGUCUCAGCAGGAUGUGCGUCUAUGACCCCAAGCGGUUCGAGUGGAAGGAGCUGGCCCCCAUGCGCACCCCUCGUUCGCUCUUCGGGGCCACCGUCCACGACGGCCGCAUCUUCGUGGCCGCGGGGGUCACCGACACGGGGCUGACCGGCUCGGCCGAGGUGUACAGCAUCGCCGACAACAAAUGGUCCCCCUUCGAGGCCUUUCCCCAGGAACGCAGCUCGCUCAGCCUGGUCAGCCUGACUGGGACGCUCUACGCCAUCGGUGGCUUUGCCACUCUGGAGACUGAGUCGGGGGAGCUGGUCCCCACGGAGCUCAGUGAUAUCUGGAGAUAUAACGAGGAAGAGAAGAAGUGGGAAGGGGUGCUGCGGGAGAUCCCGUACGCGGCCGGCGCCACCUUCCUGCCCGUGAGGCUUAACGUCCUUCGCCUGACCAAGAUGUGA